AAUAUCUCUCAUUUGGAGUCAGAAGACAUAGAUUGAACGUCUUCCACUUAUUGUUUGAUCUUCAGAAGGUUAUUUUAACCUUUUUGAGCCUCAGUUUCCUCAUCUAUAAAAUGAAGGCAUUGGAGUAGGUGACUUCUAAGGCCAUUUACAGCUCUGAACUCCAGUACCUGGAAAAACCUUACCUCUAAGAUAUGUACUAACUUGUAUCUUGGAUCUAACUGCCUCUUUGUUCCUAGAAAGAGAUCAUGCUGUCCCUACAGGACAUUAACUUGCUUUUUCAUUGAGAAACUAAGUAUCUGUUUCCUCAAAAUUGGUUCCAUUUUCAUUCUCUUUCAUUCUUGUUGUAUUCAGAAAAUCCCUAGAUUGCUUUUUUUCAUUUUGCAUGAUGACUCUCCUUUUAUCUUUCUGUCGAAGUUUGCAGAUGCUUUGGAAGAACAGACUGUAUCCUGGAUCAAGUCCCAGGAACUGGACAUUUUCUGUUUUAUACUCUUAUUUCCACUUCAGUAAGAAAGAGCAGAGAUAUUUUUCUUUUACUUUACCAUUUCAGAGAAAUACCAAAGCAACUAAUUUCCUGAUUUCCCAGGCCAUAUCUAGUAAUAAGAAUGAUAAGGAUACAAGUAGGCAAGAGUCUUCUUUUUCCCCUCAUCCUUUAUUUUCAGCUGGAACUGCAAAGAAGAAAUCAGAGCUACUUGGAUAUAAGAAAGAUCAACAACACUAUUUUCCCUUUAGUCGCCCUGAGUUACUCCCAACAAAACCUUUGAGUUCAGAAGAAUGGGAAAAAGUAAAGGAAAAUUUUGAACAAAAAAACAUUUUUGAAAAUUGGAUGAUGAAGCAGAUGAUCAAAUAUAACUGUUCUAUAGAUAUUGCAAAGUCCUUGCUGUCUUGGAUAGCCAGGAAAAAUAAUGGAAUUGUGGAAUAUAAGCUACUUAUUGGGUACUUGACUUUGUGUGUUUCUCAGAGACAGACAGCAGAGAUUAUUGAUGUCUAUGAAAUUAUGAAAACUAGGUAUAAAACUCUCGAACGUGAAGGUUAUACCCUUCUCAUCCGGGGAUUAAUUCAUUCAGAUAGGUGGAGAGAGACCCUGAUCCUAUUAGAAGACAUCAAAAAAGUCAUGUCUCCUUCAAAAAAAAAUUAUGGCGACUGUAUCAAGGGAGCUCUUCUUCACCGAGAAAUGAACUUAGCUUGGAAUCUCUAUUUUGAAAUGCUUAAUCAUAGAAUAAUUCCUAAUUGGGAAACUUUUCAAGCUUUCUUUGAUUUUGCAAAAGGUGUGAAGAAUAAUGAAUUUGAAAGAAGACUCUUAGAUAUCCUUUUAUAUCUAAGAAACAAUCAAAUGUAUCCCAAUGAACCCUUUGCCCAAAGUAUAAAAAUGUGGUUUGAGAGUAUUCCUGAGAAAAAAUGGAAAGGAGAAUCUGUCCUCAUUCAUAAAAGUGGGCAGUGUUUAGCCUGUGGAAGAAUGUUGGAGUCUAUUCACUUGAACUCAGAAGAGUAUGAGUUUCUUAAGCAGAGAGUCCUGAAAGAUGUACUUGAUGGAGGUGACCAAUACAGAAAAACAACACCAAAGGAAAUUAACAGAUUUGAAAAGUUUAUUAAAAAUUGUCCUCCUUUUGAUAUUGUAAUUGAUGGACUCAAUGUUACCAAAAUGUUUCCUAAAAUUCGUGAAUCUGAAACUCUUCUUGAUGUAGUCUCUCAGCUAACAAAACAGAACUUCCAGGUGCUUGUCCUGGGUCGGAAGCACAUGCUAAAUGGAAGUUCCAGGUGGCAAAAGAAUGAAAUGACAGCUGUGCAGAACAUGGCUUACUGCUUUUUUGCUGACAAUGUCUCAGAAGAUGAUGCCUUCCUAUUAUAUGCCACUCUGCAUUCAGGGAACCAGUGUAGAUUUCUCACCAGAGAUCUGAUGCGGGACCACAAAGCUUGUCUUCCUGAUGAAAAGACUCAACAUCUAUUCUUUAGAUGGCAACAGGGACAUCAACUUGUGUUCCUCAACUAUUACCCAGGAAAAAAGAUCAUUUUUCAGUCUGUUCUCACCUAUGAUACAGUGAUACAAACAACAGGAGACUCAUGGCAUAUACCAUAUGAUGAAAACAUGGUGGAAAGAUAUUCAUAUGAAGUGCCAACUAAAUGGCUUUGCCUUCAACAACAAAACUGAGACUUCUAGCCUGGCCUCUGAGUGACCUUUCUGCUCUAGAUCUGUGAUCUUCAUUAAAUAUCUAUGUACCAUUUUGGCUACUGCAGAAGAAAAGUUAUCAUAUAGAAGGAUAGAUAAUCCUAAACUGGAGUUCUACAUGUGCUGUAGAAAAGAAGAAAAUAUUCUGUUGCUCAUUCAAACAAAUCUAUAGUUUUAGUAAGCAUCUUUUUUAACUGAGACACAUUUACUGUUUUUAUUUCAGAUUACAUUUCCCACUAUAACCUUUCUUCUGUAAAUAUUAUUUGUGAAAUCCUACUUGUUCCCUUCACAUAAUUUUAUCAAGGAUGCCCCUAAAGUAUUCAUUUAUUAUUGUCUUUAAGUUGUUAUAGAUUUGAUGAUUAUAUAGAUAUUUUUGGUGCUACCCAAUAAUAAAAAAUGGAUAUUUUUAUAUUUAUUUGUUUUCCUUUAUUAAAUAUAUAGAUUAAUAUUGUAGAAGCUGUAAUUAUAUUGAUUACCACAUUAUUGAUUUACUAGAAUUUUCUAUAAAAAUCAUUAUAUCAUCUGCAGAUAGAAAUAAUUGUCCCUCCUUUUUGCUCCUACCUAUUCCUUUAGUUUCUUCUUCUUGUCUGGUACUUUGUCAUAGUGGACAAUGGAGGUCCACUUUUUGGCAAAGCUUCUAGUAAUUAUUCAUCAUAAAUCAUGCUUUCUCAUGGAUUUAAGUAAACAUUGUUUUCAACAUUUAUUUUUGUAAAACUUUGUGUUCUAAAUUUUUCUCCCUCUCCUCCUCCUCCCUCUCAACACAGCAAGCAAAAUCUUAUGUAGUUUGAAUAUAUACAAUCCUUUUAAACAUAUUUCCAUAUUUGUCUUGUGCAAGAAAAAUCAGACCAAAAGGGGAAAAAAAAACACAAGAAAAACAAAAAAGGGAAAAUACUAUGCUUUGAUCUACAUCCAAUCACCUUAGUUUUCUCUUUGGAUGUGAUUGGCAUUUUCCAAGUCUAUUGGAAUUGCCUUGAAUCACCACAUUUUUGAGAAGAGCCAAGUCAUCAUAGUUGAUCACUAAUCUUGUUAUUGCUGUGUACAAUGCUCUCCUGGUUCUGCUCACUUUACUCAGCAUCAGUUCAUGAAGGUCUUUCCAGGCUUUUCUGAAAUCAGCCUGCAUAUUAUAAUUUCUUUUAGUACAAUAAUAUUCCAUUACAUCCAUAUGCCAAAACUUAUUCAUCUAUUCCUCACCUGAUGGGCAUCCACUCAAUUUCCAGUUCCAAGCACUACAAAAAGAUCUGCUACAAAUAAUUUUUCACACAUUGGACCUUUUACCUUUUUUAUUAUCUCUCUGGGAUACAGAUCCAGUAGUUGAGACUGCUGUAUCAAAGGGUACACACAGUUUUAUAGACCUUUGGGUGUAGUUCCAAAUUGCUCUCCAGAAUGAUUAGAUAAUUUCACAACCUCCCCAGCAAUGUAUUAGUGUUCUGGUUUUCCCAUACCCCCCUCUAUCAUUUAUCAUUAUUUUUUUCUGUCAUCCUAGCCAAUCUGAGAGGUGUGAGAUGGUAACUCAGACUUGUCUUAAUUUGCAUUUCUCUAAUCAAUAGUGAUUUAGAUUUAAUCAUUCAUAUGACUAGAAAUGGUUUUAAUUUCUUAAUUUAAAAUUUUUCUGUUCAUAUCUUUUGACCAUUUAUCAAUUGAGGAAUAACUUGUAUUCUUAUAAAUUUUGAAGUAGAAAAGCACCCCAAAUGGGACUGUGAGAAACAUAAUCUUGAAUUUUUGUAGUUAGAAGUUUAUUACUAGUUCUUCAUUCCCUAAAACAGAUGGUAUCUUUAACAACCCAAAUGUACUGUCCUGAUAGAUGGUAUCUUUAACAACCCAAAUGUGCUGUCCUGAUAAACCCGAGACCUUGAUAACUUGAUAAGCUUAAAAAAAUACUGCUUAUUGCUGUUUGGGAAUGACUCCCUUAGAGUGAUAAUUUUUUGCCUUCUGUUUAGAAUAGAGAAAUCCCUUUAUUAUGACAAAUGUAUCAAGAAACAUUUUGAUGUCUGUCUCUUUCUUUUUUCUAUAAAUAUUUGGCCCUGAAGCCACUUAUUACUGACCCCUCCAGUCUUGGUGUUGGGGGAUCAGCCCUGGCCAGUAAUAAACGCUCUUAAAACUUCA